AUGAAGUUCACUGCACAACUGAACUUCUGUCUUUUGACGCUUAUUCAUGUAUGUGUUCAAUCUAUGGAACUACCCCCUGUGCCAGCGGCUGGAGGAAGAAUGUCCGGUCUCAGUGCUCUGUUGCUGCUGCUCUGCUGCGUGUCUCUGGCGCCAGGCUCCCCUCACGCAUUCGCGGUCUCCCUCCGGGCUCGCCGGCUGUGCGGGGUGCACCUGGUGGACGCCCUGCUGUUUGUCUGCGGUGACAGGGGGCUCUUCUACCAGCCAGGACGACGGGUCAGAGAAGAAGACAUACGUAUCAUGAUGGACAAUGUUCCUUCUGUUGAAAAGACCAGAGUGGCCCAGGCCAAUAGCAGAGGAGGACCCACUGUAUCAAAAAGAGGCAUUGUCGAACAGUGCUGUCACUUUUACUGUGACUUCUAUGACCUGGAGAAUUACUGUAACAAUACAUAAGAACUGUUCAUACUCCGAUUGUCAUGGCUAAGCCUGCUGAUUCUUGCCAAAAAACAGUAUUUAGAAUGUCACAAACCACAAAAUGUAUAGAAACAUCGAGAGGGAGUCAAACUAACCUUUGUUAUAAAGUGUCAUGCCCAGGGGGUCAAUUAUGGUUGCCCGCCACCAUCUUUAAAAAUGGCGUCCGACACUGCCGACCAUAGGUAUUAGAAAGCUAGAUACCGCAUUGGGCUCCAGAACGUACGUA